GAUUACCAGCCACAGCCUAUAUGCUCAAGAACCCAUUUUUCUGUUUUCUAAAAGGAGAGACAUCCUCAAAUCCCAGCCCCAGGCUGGGCCUGGGCUCAUUUAAGAGACCUUUGAUUUUAAAAAUCCCUCUCAAACCCAGCCCAUUGGUGAAAACGUUUCGCGUCACCGUGGGGAUAGGAUCCUUGUCGUAGUGGAGUAAGAACAAACCCACGUUUAACGAUCCAAAAAACAUAGACCUCGAGAGGACUCGGAAUCAUAUAUAUAUACGAUUAUAAGAUCCGAAGUGUUGGAUCAUCGUCUAGGGAGAGAGAGAGAGAGUCUGAAGCUUUAAGGAGAAGAAGGAGAAGAUCUGCAAAAUGGCAGAGCUGUUGGACAAGGCAAAGAACUUCGUAGCAGAGAAGAUCGCGAACAUUAAAAAACCAGAAGCAACCGUCACCGACGUCGAUUUCAAGAACGUCAGCCGUGAUUCCGUCACAUUCAAUGCCAAGGUCUCCAUCAUGAACCCUUACAGUACCUCAAUACCUAUCUGCGAGAUCUCUUAUUCCCUCAAGAGCGCAACCAGAGAGAUAGCGUCAGGGAAGAUCCCAGAUCCAGGAUCGUUGCCGGGAAAUGAGACGACGUUGUUGGAUGUUCCGGUGAAGGUGCCGUACUCGAUACUUUUGAGCUUGGCGAGGGACAUAGGGAGAGAUUGGGACAUAGAUUACGAGCUGGAGUUGGGAUUCACCUUCGAUUUGCCGAUCAUCGGUGAUAUUACGAUGCCUCUUUCUACCAAGGGGGAGAUCAAGCUCCCUACUUUCUCUGAUUUCUUUUAGGAGUUUCUGUUAAUUUCUCUAUCUAAGAAAGAAAUCUGGAAUUCUGGAUCGAUCUUUAUUUGGACUUACCCUUUUUAGUUUCUUAAUACUUUUUUUUUCCUGCAUGUUACUCUACGUGUAGCAUUUGGGAUAAGAAACAACAAACAUGGAUUUGAUCGAUAUGAAUAAAAUGUUUGUCUACUUGUAAA